AUGCAAGGUAGACUCCCUCAGAUGCAACCGACUGUCGUCCUUCUACGAGAGGGUACCGACACAUCUCAAGGUGUAGGACAACUUUUAUCCAACAUCUCAGCAUGUCUGGCUGUGGCUCAGACUAUAGCUACGACGCUCGGACCUAGGGGUAUGGACAAGCUCAUCGUGGAUGAUAGGGGAUUAGCGACCAUCUCAAAUGAUGGAGCUACUAUCCUUAAAUUGCUUGACGUCGUUCAUCCUGCUGCUAGGACUUUGGUAGAUAUAGCUCGAGCUCAAGAUGCGGAAGUUGGAGAUGGAACGACCAGUGUGACAUUGCUUGCCGCCGAGAUAUUGAAGGAAGUCAAGCCGUUCAUUGAGGAAGGUGUAGGACCCCAUGUCAUAAUCAAGGGGUUGAGGGAGGCUAGGAGUCUGGCAAUUAAAAAGAUCAACGAGAUUGCCGUGACGAUAGACAAGUCUAAUCCUGAAAAAUUCCGUGAACUCCUCCUUCAAUGCGCCUCCACUUCCAUGUCAUCCAAACUCAUUCACUCCCAAACACCUUUCUUCGCCAAUAUGGUAGUCGACGCUGUCCUCUCCCUCGAUCAGAAAGAUCUUGACGAGUCGUUGAUCGGAGUGAAGAAAGUCCCUGGAGGUGGUAUGCAAGAUUCCCAACUGAUCAAGGGUGUAGCAUUCAGGAAGACAUUCUCCUAUGCCGGAUUUGAACAACAACCUAAAUCAUUCAAGGAUCCUAAGAUAUUAUGUCUAAAUGUUGAGUUAGAAUUGAAAGCGGAGAAGGACAAUGCCGAAGUUAGAGUAAAUGAAGUAUCAGAGUAUCAAGCUAUCGUAGAUGCGGAAUGGUCCAUCAUCUACAAGAAGUUAGAAGCGAUCGUAGAAACCGGUGCUAAGGUGGUAUUGUCCAAAUUGCCUAUAGGAGAUUUGGCUACUCAGUAUUUCGCCGAUAGGGAUAUUUUCUGUGCUGGACGAGUCACCUCGGAUGAUCUCAAGAGAGUCACUCAAGCUGUAGGAGGAUCAAUUCAAUCUACUUGUUCGGAUAUCGAACCUCAUCAUUUAGGUCAAUGUGGAUCAUUCGAAGAGAAACAGAUUGGCGGAGAGAGAUUCAACUUGUUCCAAGAUUGUCCUCAAGCGAAAACCUGUACGCUUAUCUUGAGAGGUGGUGCGGAACAGUUCAUCGCAGAGGUGGAAAGAAGUUUGCACGAUUCGAUCAUGAUUGUCAAGAGGGCUAUCCAAAAUAAUAGCGUAGUUGCUGGAGGUGGUGCUUGCGAGAUGGAAAUCUCCAAAUACCUCCGAGGUCAUUCCCGAACCAUCAUGGGCAAACAACAAUUGAUCGUUGGAUCAGUCGCCAAAGCUCUCGAAAUCAUCCCUAGACAAAUCUGCGACAAUGCCGGUCUGGACGCUACGGAUAUCUUGAACAAGUUGAGAAUGAGACACGCUCAAGGUGAUACCUGGGCUGGUGUGGACGUAGAUUCGGAGAACGUCCAAGAUAACAUGAAGAGGUUUGUAUGGGAACCUGCAUUGGUGAAGACCAAUGCUCUGUCGAGUGCGGUCGAUGCUGCUUGUUUGAUCUUGAGUGUGGAUGAGACGGUCAGGAACCCACAAUCAGAGGCACCGCAAGCUGGGCCACCCAUGCCUCGAGGCGCUGCUCAACAGGCCUUGAGAGGAAGAGGAAGAGGUAUGCCAAGACGAUAG